GUUUAGUCUUUGGAGUGCCUGUGAGAGGAAAGCGUUCACAUCUCGCUCCAAAUCAUGCAUUCUCAGUUGAAUCUCCGGCGGCCAAUCAAGCUGUAGUAUUGCUCUGGUGGUCGAAAUAACGACGGUGAGGGAUUAUAGAUUUGGUUGGAAUAGAAGAGUAUUUUUGGAGACAGCGAUUGAUAGGGACGGAAGUGAGUGAGGAAGGUGGAGAGGACUGAGAAGAGAUGAAAGGCGUCGGUGGCGGUGUGGGAGGCGUUUCUCCGGCGAAACGGAGGUGGAGAAGCCUUGUCAUUGGCGUGCUUUUCCUUGUUGUUCUCUCCAUGCUUGUUCCACUCGGAUUCUUGCUCGGUCUUCACAAUGGCUUUCACUCUCAUGGUUUCGUGCCCAUUCAACACACUUCACAGUCCAAUGUUAUUGGAGAUUUUGAUAGAUAUGGCACCAGAGACUUUUGGAAUCAUUCACAGGGUGCUAGUUCAAACCAUAUAGAUGACCUUCUGCGGCAAAUUGAACCAAAGUUGCCAAAGGAUGUUAUUGGAAACAUAGUGAAUGAAGCUACAAACAAAACAAUUAGUCUGACUGCCUCAGUUAAUAGUCAACCGAAAAUAGGUGUCCCAGUGCCACUUCCUGCUGUGCGGCAACCACCUCCCAAUAAAAAUAAUGUUGGAUUUGGUGGUAAGGGAUUCACUGGAAAUUCCAAAGGUAGCAUCAACGAAAGUGGAAGGUUAUGUGAAUUGAGAUAUGGAAGCUACUGCCUUUGGCGUGAAGAAAAUAGGGAAGAAAUGAAGGAUGAUAUGGUGAAGAAAUUGAAGGACCGGCUUUUUGUGGCAAGGGCUUAUUUUCCUAGCAUUGCAAAAAUUCCAGCUCAGAAUAAAUUGUCUCGUGAACUAAAACAGAAUAUUCAAGAGUUAGAGCGAGUGCUAAGUGAAAGUACUACAGAUGCUGAUCUUCCAUCACAGAUUGAGAAGAAGUUACAGAGUAUGGAGGCUGCAAUAGCCAAAGCUAAAUCAGUCCCCACUGUGGAUUGUAAUAACGUGGACAAGAAAUUGAGACAAAUACUUGACAUGACUGAGGAUGAAGCUAACUUCCAUAUGAGGCAGUCUGCCUUCCUCUUUCAACUUGCAGUCCAUACCAUGCCUAAGAGUCUACACUGCCUGAAUAUGAAACUAACUGUGGAAUAUUUCAAAUCUCAUUCAUUUGAUAAGGAGUCUGAAAGAUUUUCUGAUCCUAAGUUACACCAUUAUAUUAUCUUCUCCAAAAAUGUACUAGCAUCAUCAGUUGUAAUCAACUCUACAGUUAUGCAUGCAAGAGAAAGUGAGAACCAGGUUUUUCACGUGUUAACUGAUAGACAAAACUACUAUGCAAUGAAACUUUGGUUCUUCAAUAAUACUUACAAGGAUGCUGCAGUUCAAGUGUUGAAUAUUGAAGAAUUUAACUUAGAUCAUCUUGAGCAAGCAAAUCUUUCUCCCCUGUUCUUACCUAUGGAGUUUCGUGUUUCUUUUCACAGUGUUGAUAAUGCUGGGGCAAUCCAUAAUGGAACGCAAUACAUGUCUACUUUUUCUCAUUCACAUUAUAUUCUUCCCGAGAUAUUCAAAAGUUUGGAGAAGGUUGUGAUUCUGGAUGAUGAUGUCGUUGUCCAACAAGACUUGUCAGAACUAUGGAGUAUGAACAUGGGAGGGAAAGUCAAUGGUGCUUUACAAUUUUGCUCAGUGAGGUUGGGUCAGCUGAAAAGCUACUUGGGUGAAAGUGGUUUUGAUAAGAAUUCUUGUUCAUGGAUGUCUGGAUUAAAUGUAAUUGAUCUAGUCAGGUGGAGAGAGCUAGGCCUUUCUGAAACUUACAGGAGGUUUGUAAGAGAGCAGGCAAACAUGGGAGAGGGAUCAGCACUGCAGGCAAGCUUUCUUACCUUCCAGGACCUAAUUUAUGCUCUUGAUGGGAUGUGGGCUUUAUCAGGGCUGGGUCAUGACUAUGGGCUUGAAAUUGGAGACAUCAAGAAGGCUGCAGUUUUGCACUAUAAUGGAAAUAUGAAGCCUUGGCUGGAGUUGGGAAUCCCAAAGUACAAAGAAUAUUGGAGGAAGUUUCUGAACCAAGAACAUCAAUUCUUAAGUGAGUGCAAUGUGCAUCCAUGAUGAACAGGUUCAGGUUUUUACCAUCUGAGUUUUGAAGGCUCUAGAAGCUAGCUGCUGAAGGUUUUUUACUUCAAGCUAGAUUUUCAGAAGAGAUAAUGGACAGUAGCAACAUGGUGACUGAUGAUGAAUCUUACAAAUGAUUAUUUCUGAUUUUUUUGGGUAAAUAAAUGGGGUUGGUAUUCUACCUAGUACUUCAGCGGAAAGGGAUCAGAUUUCCUCAGAGGUGACCACAGUUGCUAGGGCAAGAAAGAUUUGAGGUUUUAAUCCGAUUUGUUGGACAAUCCAGGGAUUGAUGGAAGAGCUUUAUCUUUAUUCUCCUGCUCCUCGCUCGGUCCGGUAAAACUUUUGACAAACAAUUAUUCUACACGGAAGUGUGUGAUGGUAUCAUGUUCGUCGAUAGCCAAGUUGUAAAUGAUUGUUUGUGAGAAGGCAAGGGGUGGUUUGCCCUUCAGAGUAGGUCAUUCUUCUUUUAGAUUGCUAUGGUUUGCCCUUCAGAGUAGGUCAUUCUUCUUUUAGAUUGCUAUUUAUUUGAUUUGAAAUUUGUUUUGAUUAGGUCAUAAGGAAAAUUAAUGGACUAAUUUUCUAUAAAGAAUUUGUAUUGUUUAAUAGUUGACUCCUCCAUUAUGUACCAGUUGAAUUGACAUUCUGCCUGAAUUGUGGCUCUCUUACUUCGAAAUUGGAACCAUUGAAUGAUACCUCUUCUUAAGUCAUUUCUUGUCCACUGCUAACUCCAGCUGAAUCUCAAUCCCCUCCCCUUUUUUCGUUUGGGUUUUUGUUUUAUAAAAAUUUCCUGAUCAU